AUGGUAACGUUCUUACUGAAGACGCGAAAGUACCCAGAAUCUAUACGCCGCGGCGAGCGGGAGUGCGUCAAGCUGGAGGACCUACAGACUCUCGAGAGCGCUGAGGGCGUCGGCGACGACAUCGGCGAAGAAUGCCUGGAGAAGAACUUUAAUUUGUCUAUGAACUUUUGCCCGGCGUACUUCGAUGGGCUGUUGUGCUGGGAUCCCACUCCGUGGAACACGCUGGCCGUGCAGAAGUGCUUCAGGGAGUUCCACGGCGUUCAAUAUGACGAUACUCAGAAUGCUUCACGAUUGUGCUUGGAAGGUGAAUGGCAUAAUUACUCUAACUACGCGAAUUGCACCGAGCGGAUCGCGAACGUGUCGCCAACAGAUGUCGCUAGUCUGAUAUACCUCACUGGAUACUCGAUCAGUCUUGCGGUACUCAUCUUGGCGGUUUUUGUCUUCUUAUACUUCAAGGACCUCAGAUGUCUAAGAAACACAAUACACACAAACCUAAUGACUACGUACAUAUUGUCCGCCUGCAGCUGGAUGUUAAACUUAGCUUUACAAAAUUGGUCGGAUGAGGCGCAAUCAGAUCAAACUUCUUGCAUGAUAUUGGUGAUUUGCAUGCAUUAUUUCUACCUCACGAAUUUCUUUUGGAUGCUGGUUGAAGGUCUUUACCUCUAUAUGCUGGUCGUCGAAACGUUUAAGGCCGAGAAUAUCAAACUGAAAGUUUACACGACCAUCGGUUGGGGAGCUCCAGCGAUUUUUAUCACAGUGUGGGUGAUAGCAAGAUGCUUCGUAAACGUCGUUCCAUCUACUGGACCGGACGGGUUGUCCUUGGCGAGUGACGCGAAAAUGUGCACAUGGAUUCAUGAACACCAAGUUGACUGGAUACACAAGGCACCAGCGCUCGUUGGGCUGGCUCUUAAUCUAUUUUUUUUAAUUAGGAUUAUGUGGGUACUCAUUACAAAAUUGCGAUCGGCGAACACGCUUGAAACUGAACAAUACAGAAAAGCGACGAAGGCGCUGCUUGUUCUUAUCCCACUGCUGGGCAUAACGAACCUACUUGUGCUGUGCGGCCCCAGCGAUGACUCGUGGUUCGCGUAUACCUUCGAUUAUACCAGGGCACUAAUGCUUUCCACACAGGGUUUCACAGUAGCACUAUUUUACUGCUUCAUGAAUACUGAGGUGCGUCAUGCUAUAAGAUACCACGUGGAGAGGUGGAAGACUGGCCGGGCGAUACGAGGGGGGCGGAGAAGAGGUGCGUCCUAUUCUAAGGACUGGUCACCUAGAUCUAGGACAGAGAGCAUUCGGCUCACCGUAUGA